AAAAAAACGUGGACUAGGUUUCGUGACGUUGCCUUUUAUUCCUGCCUGUAAAGAUGUAGGCAGACGUGGGAUUGCACAUCCUGAUUGGGUGCAUUUCACAAUCGUACUGGGUGUGUGGGGCCAGUUCUGCCUCAUAAAGAGAAACGGACAAAUGAAGGCAGACCUGCUUUGAGACAUACUCUGUCAUGGAUCCUUAUUGACUCAUUUGAAAAGCAUCCAGGAUUCUUUCUUUUCUUUUUUUCUGUCUAUUCCUGCUCACAGAUUUUGCUUACACGGGCCCUCCUCCUUCCCCAUCCAAACAGCUUAUAUAUUUCUGAUGAGCUUUUCCGAAAGCAUUGGUCAUCACACAGCUAUGACCCGCCGAAUCGUUCUCAUUGGAAAUGAGGUGCUUCUCACGUGGGAAUCUCUCUGAAAGUACUCUUCAGCUCCGGGAAUUCUGCUAGAUGCCUACAGUACUGAACGCUCUGUCAGUAUUUGAGUUCCAGGAUUCAGUGAUUAUUUCUAGAGAAAUAUUUAUGUUGGGCAAAGGAGGAAAGCGGAAGUUUGAUGAGCAUGAAGAUGGGCUGGAAGGCAAAAUCCUGUCUCCCUCCGACGGUCCGUCCAAGGUGUCGUACACCUUACAGCGCCAGACCAUCUUCAACAUUUCCCUCAUGAAGCUCUACCAGCAGCGGCCGCUCAGCGAGCCCAGCCUGCAGCGGACGGUGCUCAUCAACAACAUGCUGCGGCGCAUCCAGGAGGAGCUGCGGCGGGAGGGCAGCCUGCGGCCCGCGGGCCCCGCGCCCGCCGCGGCCCCCGCCCCGCCGGGCGGCCUGGGCGGCUGCCGGGAGGCGCCCCCGCCCGCCCCCGGCCCCGCGGCGCCGCCCGGGGACCCGGCCCCGCUGGAGGCCUGCCUCACCCCGGCCUCGCUGCUGGAGGACGACGGCGACCAGGACACGUUUUGCACUUCCCCGGCGGCGGCGGCGGCGGCGGCGGUGCAGCCCGCGGCCCCCGCCAGGCUCCCGUCCCCGGCGCUCCCGCCGGAGAAGGACAGCUUCUCCUCCGCCCUGGACGAGAUCGAGGAGCUCUGCCCCACACCUACCUCCGCCCAGGCCGCCGCCAGCGCCACCCUGGCCGCCGCCGCCGCCGCCGCCACCGACGGCUCCAAAGGGGGCGCCGCCCCCCCGAAACCCGACGGGCUGCUGCUCCCCGAGGCCCGCCCCGACGACCCCAAGCUGAUGGACUCCCUGCCCGGGAACUUCGAGGUCACCACGUCCACGGGCUUCCUCACGGACCUGACCCUGGACGACAUCCUGUUCGCCGACAUCGACACGUCCAUGUACGACUUCGACCCCUGCACCUCGGCCGCGGGCGCCGCCUCCAAGGUGGCCCCCGUGUCCGCCGACGACCUCCUCAAGACCCUGGCCCCCUACAGCAGCCAGCCCGUCGCCCCGAGCCAGCCUUUCAAAAUGGACCUCACGGAGCUGGACCACAUCAUGGAGGCUAAUUAUCAGCUCAGUAGAGCAGUGAGAAACAGAUCCAAUUGCUCUUGUUCUCCUACCAGCAGCCUCCACACGUGUCACCUCCUGUGAUAGGACCAGGGACCAUGUAUAGGUGAGGGGAGGGUUGCUGCAAAUGCUUCCAGUGUCGCUGGGCCUGCCCGUCUCAAGAGCUUCCUUUUUCUGUGGAGAACAAGCCAGCCCAGAGGCCACGCCUUUGAUAACUGGAGGACCCGGCGAACUCCCCACACUGCACACAGGUAUACAUACACCGUAGUGUUGAUUAUUCCGAACAAUAACGGGGUAAGGGCGGUUGAUUUGCCAUUGUUAAGAGCUGAUUUACAGUAACUUAGAACAACUGUACUUUGGUUGGAUUAGCAAAUGGUGUGCUUAAACAAAUCCCAUAUGUUGGGCAACAGUUCAAAUAAGCACAGCGAAGUGUUGCCCAAACGUGAUUUCUCGGACUUUAUAAUGUUUGUAAGUCUGGGUCUUGAAAAAUCAAAACAAAACACACCCCUAACAUCAGGCAAAUGCUUGUCAGCUCUGGACACCCUUGCCAGAAAGGCUCGAUACUCAUGGUCUUCUGAGGAAGACCUGGGCCAUCGGCAGCGCGGUUUAAAAAGAACAAAACCAUCCAGUGUUCGUUACCUCUCCGUCUUAUUUUUCCAAAGCGAUGUCUGAAACGGGGCAGCGUGUGAGCCCGUGUGCGCUCCGCACGCCCCCGUGUGCGUGCGGGACGAGCCUUCCCCCCGUGCAGUGGGCAUCGCGAGGCAUUCGGAGUCGGGCAGGCAGUUCGAGGUGCCCACACGAGGAAGACACGCCGGGUGGGGCUGCUCGCGGACACCCAUUGACAGUGAUGUGCAAUGAAGUGACAAGAUGAGAGCAGAAUAUUAAGAGCUUUGAAUUUGAAGUGAUUUUUUUUCCCAUAAGUUAUUUAUUCCUUUUUUUUUCCUUUUUUUUCUGUGUAAAUAUAUUUAUUUUACUGUGGAGCUCUAACAACAUCUGGAUCGUAACAUGUGCAGAAUGUAUGGUAGGAAUGUAUUCUCUUGUAGGAAUGUCAAAUCUGUAUUAAAAAAAAGGGGGGUCCUAGCCAGGCCCCCCGGGUUGUCUCAUCAUACGCCCAGUCUACAUUCAUGUGUACUCUCUUCUCCAAUGUUGGGUCUAUUUGAAAUAUGCAAAAAGGUAUGGGUGAGGGAAGUUUCAAUACCUCCAAAUUUUUAAAGAAAAUCAAGCAUCAAAGGAUUGAUAUUUUUAAAUGUUUUGUUUUUUUUUUAGUAGCACUUUCUCUCUGGGACAAAAGGGGCAACGCCACGACACCCUUGCUCACCCAUAAGGUGAGAACCAGCCAGAGCCUCCGUUACCGCACCUCCUACACCUCGAGUGUCUUUAUCAAUUGAACUUCUUAUUGCCAUCGCCCCUUGGCGUUCCCCCAACGGCCCUGAGGUCAAUCAAGGAAAAUUUCUUACCUAAAUAAGCUCCAAAGAGCCAAAGGAUCAACUUACAGAUCGUUUUUAAAAGCUUAAAUUUAUUAACCACUUUUGUGGCAAACAAUGAAUUAUGAAUACCCCUAGGCAGUCUUCUUAAAUGACAAAUGU